UGGGUGCGAGCCGGCUGCCGGGUGGGGAGGCAGAAGGAGCCUCCAUCAGCUCAGCCCCCAUGUCCAGGGGCGGGGAGAUGGUUUAUAUCCCGGACGACUCCGACUUCAGCUCGUUCAGGGAGCAGUGCGAGAGCGCGGAGGGCUGGCACUGCCGCUACAACAAGGCUGGCGUCACCGUCUGGAGCCAGGGCCAGGAGGAGAGCUGCACCGUGCAGAAAAUCAAGACCCGCAUCUCCUGCAAGGAUGUCUCCGCUGAGACGCUCUACGACGUGCUGCACGACACCCGCUACCGCAAGAAGUGGGACUCGCACAUGAUCGAGACCUACGAUAUCGGGCGCCUGACAGUUAACGCCGACGUGGGAUACUACUCCUGGAAGUGCCCCAGCCCCCUGAAGAACCGCGAUUUUGUCACCCUGCGUUCCUGGCUGCCCCUGGGCAAUGACUACAUCAUCCUCAACUACAGCGUCAAGCACCCGAAAUACCCUCCCCGAAAGGAUUUUGUCAGGGCCGUGUCCCUGCAGACCGGUUAUCUGAUCAAGGCCAACGGUACCAGCGCCUGCGUCCUCUAUUAUCUCACCCAGGUGGACCCCAGAGGAUCGCUGCCAAAGUGGGUGGUGAACCGAGUCUCCCAGUUCGUGGCACCAAAGGCGAUGAAGAAGAUCUACAAGGCAGGGCUGAAGUACCCAGACUGGAAGCGCAGGCACGACCCUGGCUACAAGCCCUGGGUGUAUCCGGAGCAGAACACACUGCCCAGCCUCAGCCUGGCCGAGCUCUCCCUGCAGCACACCGACUCGCUGGAGCACAUCGACGAGACAGGGCUGUCCGAGGAGCACCUCAGCACCAGCGACAACGAGGCCUGACGCCUGCCCUGAUGGGCCACCAGCGAGGGGGCACAGUGGGGAUUUGGCACCCUGUGCCCCCCACGUUCUCCAUCAUAGACACCUUCUAGUGGGGGGACUGUCCUGUGGGAGCCCAGUGCCCACGUGCCGAGGGGGUGGUGGCCCACGGAGGUGUUUCCAUGCUGGUGGCAGAGCAGGCUGCAGGAGUGGGUGCUCUAAGGAGAGGAGAAAGAAUGGGGGGAGGUGGAGCUGGAUGAAGCUUUGCCACCACCAGGAGGUCCCUUUGCUGCUGUAAGACCUUCUGGGUGUGCUCCUCAAAGGUCCAGAAUGGAGGGUUUGUGUGGGACCAGCCCAGGUUUUGCAGCAGUACAGGACCAGAACUGUCUCUCUUUGUCACAUGUCUUGCUCUCCGGGUCCCCCCAGGCUUUGUGUGACCCCCACCUCCGGGAGCCCCCCAGGUCCUCUCCUGGGUGAUGGGUUCACAUCCGCAGGCUGCCUCUAGUGUUUGCUGCUGCAGUGGUUUUUGGCACA